GUAGUCGGAAUCGUGCGAAGAAAAUAUAUUUCUUACGUCGAAAGAAUCGAACAUAUUGAGUGCAAAAUAUUUUGUGUUUUCAAGUUUAUUUCAGGUAAAAUAAUACGAAAACAGACAAAAUGGUUAGAACAGUAUAUUCACCGGAAUAUUGUCUUCAAUACCUUGAGCAAUACGCGUCACAGGAAACUUUUGUUGUGGGAUUGAUUUUAGGUCAGACUAUAGAAGCUAGAGAAAGUGUGAUUCAUUUAGCGCGCACUCCUGAAGAAAAAGGUACCGAUGCUGCUUCGGAAUCAAGUUUUGGCUCAGAAAAACAAGAGUCUUUACGGAGUUUGUUAGGAGUCUCCGAGGCUUGGGUGGCUGACCACGCGAAACAUGUCACGAGAAUGUUACCGGGUGGCAUGUUCGUCCAAGGUAUUUUUAUAACAAGUGAUGAAGACAUCUUUGAAGAUCCAAACCUCUUCAGUAAAGUGAAGUCUGUGUUAAACUACACACACAAAUCUUUAGGAUCAAAUCCAUACAUGUAUGGGAAUUGCCCGCAUAUGAAUGAACGUCUGGUGCUUCACAUGUCCACUAACACAAAAGUUCUAACAUGUAAGAGUGUAGAAGUUGGGUCAAGCACAACAGCCAUAAAACCGGUGGAUUGGAAGUUUAUGCCAAAACCACAACAAUGGCAACGGCUCGACUGUUAUUAUGAGUUUGAUGAAGUUUAUCCUGUGGUUGUGAAGAAGAGUGGUAUAUCUGUUAAACAACAGUUUCAGCAAAUCCUAGAGUCUGCAUACAAGACCAUAGAAUCAAGUGUGAUGUUUGUAGAUGGAGAGUUAAAAGAUGGUUCAGAAGCAUUAGAGUCAUUGAACAAGAAGAAAAAGACCAAAACCAAUGCUAAGUUUGUGGAGUCAGAAACUCCAAAAUCCAUGCAUGUGUCUUUGUUUGUGCCUUUUGAAAAUUCAUUACCAGAAACCGUAGAAUAUAUGGAAUGUGAUGGCAGCAUACACUUCAGUGGAGUUGUGUCAUCAAGUGUAUUCAUGUACCCAAAAGCCACAGUCAAAGAAGCCAUUGCGGCUGUGAAGGAAGACAUCAUACGGUCGCUGGCUUCAAGGUUUACCAUGCACUGUGAUGCUUUGAUUGACGACAAUUUGUUGCCUGAAGAAAAAAUAUGCUUCAAUGAGCCUCCUCGUCGAGUGUUGGUACCAGUUGGGUCACUAUAUCUAUGUGACUAUUUGUUCCCUGGAGAAGCGCCGGCCGAAGCUCUUCUCUCAGUUCGGGAGCUACUCGACUUGAAAAUCACAGAGUCGGAUGUAAUAUGUGAUGUGGAAACCCCUGCAGAUACGUCAGAGUUCGACGCCUUAGACCGGGAUGCGAGCAGCGAAGAACUGCUGGCGACCCCGCAGGAAGCGAGCCAGUUUAUGUACAUUACCGGAAUCUGCUUCGCCAUGCUAGUAUUGGUCAUUUCCAUCAUCAUUCACUACUACGACACAAUAGCCGAAGUCAUCGGCAAAAUCUUCAAACCCUAACAUUUUAGAAAGACUGUCCAAUAUCAACACAGAAAAAUAAGCAAGGUUGUGUUUUUAUCUCGAAAAUGUUCGAUUUUUGAUGAAUUCAGAUUGAAUUAUCAGUUUUAUGAUUACUAAGAUGAUAAUAUCGUAAUGAAUACAAUGAAAACACUUAUUUAUUAUUGCUUUUAUUAGCUGUUCUAUAACCUAAAUUCACUUAGUAUAUAAAGAAUUACAUAUAUCUUACAUAUUAUGGUGAUGAUUAUAUUUAUGUACAAAUGAUGCUGUGUAAAAUGUGGCUUUUUAAAUAAAUAACUAGUAACUUUUUA